GGAACUUGAAGUUGGAGAAUUGAUUUACACUAACUAUUCACACUUUCCAUCCAAUCCAUCCAUCGUGACCUUUGCUAAGUCAAUCAAGAUAUCAAUAUUUCUUGAAACUUGCCAUCCAAUCGGUCCCACAAUCAUCCAAUUUGACAACUGUUUAUUUUCUAAGCUGCAAUCAAUUGGAAACUGCUGGAACCUCAGGUCCUGGAGGAAACAAAGAGAUCAACCCCUUAGGUACCUAGGGCCUGGUAUCUAGGUUGAGGUUACGUGGCAACAGUACAUGUAGCUCUCUCAGAUAUAUCCCUAGGGAUCGCUAGGCAAGAUUGAAGGCCGCUUGUCUAGUAGACUGCCGCCAAUAUCAACUCAUACGGUGUCCUAGGUAGUCUGGCUCUCCGUUUGACCUCUUCAGACCACCGCCACCUCUCACCUGAGAUCGUGCUGCCCUUUUUGCAUCGACAUGCAUAUUUCCUCUUAGCUGGUCUUUUAUUGUAUCGAGUAUUGACACGGACUUGACUUCCCUCUAGGGGAAUUUCAUGCUUUACAAUUCAAGUAUGGAUUCAAGCAGAGACUCGAGUAUGGGCUCUGAGGAGCAAGUGUCCAGAGAUGAAAGGCCCUUCUCCUUCUCCGAGACUAGGGCAGGAAGUGGAGACACCCAGAGCAUUAGUAUUUCCUCUGGAGUAGGCUCAGCAUCUGUCGCUCAAUCUCGAGACUCGUCGGGUUCGAGUAGUGAGGAGGUGGAAGAGCAUCGUAACAUGAUGCUAGCCAGUCUACUCGAGGAUUAUAUUCGAACCCGCGCCACUGAUUUUCUCAACAGUACCAACCCUAGCCGCAAUUACACGAGGCAGUCCCCGGAAGUGCAGACGCUCGCCCGACAACUUUUCGCUGACACAAGCCGGAAGCUUUCCACCAGUGGAAUAGUUUCCGAAUUUGCAUCCUCGGAUGCUGGGAGGGGCACUCGACGUCAAUAUUUGACGGCGCUGGACAACUUGAUGGCAGGUUCCCAAGGAUCGGCCACCAGUUUGCAGAGCCCAGUGCACGACUUGGGUAUUGAUAUAUCCCACCUCUCCAUUGUUCCCCAUCCUGGCAACGAUAUGCAUUUAACAGUCCAGUUACCUAGACCACAGAGUCAUUACCAGUCUUCCUUCCAGGAACUUUCACUGCUAGGAAAAGGUGGCUUCGGGAAAGUAUAUCAGUGUUUCAAUCCUCUAGACCAAAAGACAUAUGCAGUGAAGAAGAUUCAGCUUUCUCCGACUCUUGCGCUACGAUUCCGUAACGGGAGACUUGAUAAGCUCCAGCAUAUCUUACGAGAGGUACAAGCUCUAGCUACACUAGAACAUCCCAAUAUCGUCCGUUAUCAUGCUACAUGGUUUGAGGAGCCACAACAGCCCUCUCGAAACGUUAUUUCUCAUGACUCUCGUUCAAGGGCCCACACAAAUCAACGCCAACAGUUAUUGCUGGACAGUCGCGCCUUUUCUGAAAUUGAAGAUAGCAAGUCCGAACCAUCCAUGACUGGCGGUAUUGUUUUUGAAGAAGAUUCAGUCCCAACUAGUGACAACAACAGACAACUCGUGGGUGAACGCCAACCGGCCGACGAACAAACCUCUUGUGAAGAUACUGAAGAAGACUCACUUGCGCCUAGCACUAGCAAUAUCUUUACCGAUGGUAAGAGCCAUCAUGAGAGCCAUCAGGGACACGAUGAACGAAAGCAAGGGACUUGGGAUGCAGUUGGUCAUACAUUGUACAUACAAAUGUCACUGUAUCCUAUGACUUUAGCUCAGUACAUCUCAACAUCGCCGGCCAAAGAAGACGCCCCAAAACACUGCUUUCACCUCGUACCGAGUUUACGACUUCUUCAAUGCAUACACACUGGGCUUCAGUACAUCCACGGCAAGGGCUACAUACACCGCGAUAUCAAGCCAGGUAAUAUCUUCCUCUCGGCACCCGAAGUAGAGUCUCAGGGGGGAUAUUGCAACCUUUCGUGCCCAUCCUGUUACAAGAACAAAGAUGAUGUACCACCACGAUGGUUAAACCCACGUAUCGGCGAUUUUGGACUUGUGGCUCAACUCGCAAAGGGAGAGUUGCCUCUGUCUUCACAUCAAGACGCAAGCAAUGAAACGACAGAAUCCGACAAGCCUAUAGGCACUACAUACUACCGACCGCCAUUUUCUAGGGGUACCAAUGAUGAGAAAGUCGAUAUUUUUGCCCUAGGCGUAGUGCUUACCGAAUUGGUAUGCUCGUUUACCACGGCCAUGGAACGAGUUGAUACAUUGAAAGAAUUGCAAAAAGGCCAGAUACCCUCGAGUAUGAAACAGACAUUAAAACAUGAAGGCUACUCUACCGAAGUUAUAGAGGAAGUACUUAUGCUGGCAGAAGGUAUGGUCGAUCCUAAUCCUCAUACUAGAUUGUCUAGUCCUCAGUUGGGCGAGGCCAUCAAAGGACUUUUACACAAAUGCGACAAGGCUUAAACCCGGUCUUCGCUUAUCGCAUCACCUAAUACCAUUGCGGAAUAAUGGGCGAUAAUAACAAUAGGAGCAUUCUCACCCCCUUAGGUAGGUAUCUAUCAGGUAUGUAUUUACAUAAUAAAAGUAAGCCAUUAUCUGGUGUUGUGAUUCUUCGGUGUGCUAAGCACAGAGGGCGAGAUCAAGUGAAGUUUCUGCCGGUAAGACCAAGUUGUUGCAUAGAGAAAUACAAGUUCACGGGCGGAUGCAACGCCCUUAUGUACUCCCAGACAAGAUGUCGUUUGCUCCAUUCUGAUUACCAAGUUACAUGGGUAAAACGCCUCACCUAGGACAAGAUGGAUGUAGGUAAUGGGUAUGCUGUACGUCGUUUCACCUAGAUCUGGCCUCCAUUUUUUUUAUCUCUUCCUCUCUCCACUGGUUACACCACCGCUUUUCAAGGCUCUGUUUUCAGAUCGGUUUGCUAUCCUACAGCAUGCUACCGCCUCGACUAGGUAUACAUGCUAAGGUGGGGGUGCCUGGUAAAUAGGUACACAACAUUUAGUAUGGCUCCUGAAUAGGUGAUAAUACUUCCAAGGCUGGUAGAGGAAUUCAGUUAGUUUUGAGGUCAAAUGGCUUUAUGUCAAGUGUUGUUCGGAGAUGCAUGUAUCUUCCUCGCUGAUGCCUCAUUUAGGGCUUAGUCAUCCAGGGCCGCCCCCCUGAUGCUCUUGAUGAUUAGGUAUCCGGCUUGUAAAGUCGUCAAUAUUACUCC